AUGAUCUAUGCUUAUUUGGUUCGCAAGGUUACUCAUUGGAUCAUGGAUUUGUUGGACGCGCUGGAGUACCUCACGAUCGGAGAAUAUAUGCUUCUCAAAGAAUCUGUGAAGAAAGACGAAGAGAAAGCUCAUCAUGAAGAAGGAUCCAAGUCUCCUGGUCCUCUUGCGCUACCAUGUUCCUUGCCUGGUUGGAACUCUGAUGGUUACGAAAAUGGACGCCAUCCAUUCUUUACUCUCCCGACUGAACUCGUUCUGCUCAUCACCAGCUAUGUCCCUAUUGUGGAGAAAGCGUCUCUGGCCCUGACGUGCAAACACUUUCUUUGCAUGUUAGGCGAUGAAAGUGUUCGACUGCUCGAUGACACUACAACGCACAACGGAGACUACGCUCACAUCAGUAUUCAAAUGAACCGCUGGAGAUUGCUCAAGUUCCUUGAAAAAGACUUCCCAAACCAUUUUGUCUGUCACAGCUGUGCGCAUUUCCAUCUGAAUCUGCCUAUAAAACCGACUUACGUCUCAUACUACCCGCCCACAUCGCUCUGCGUUACUAGGACCAAUGCAUUCUGGCGUGGUGUCUGGGGAUGGUGUGUUGGUCAUGAAAAGGUUCACGGCAUCAUGAUGGCGCAUCGGAACAAAUGGACAUAUGGGAUGAGUCUGGAUGACUUCCAAUACGAAAGACGCAUUUCCAUGAGCAAGUUCCGGUUGAGAAUCGCCCGCGAAGGAACCACAGCAGAGACGGUGAAAGCCAUAGCGCCGGCUCCCGAUGACGAAGACGAUAAGAUCGAGUGCCACGAGGUUGUCUUCGCUAGUAUCGCUUGCAAUGAGUUCCUGCUUGAUAUGACCGCGACCUUUUUUGUUGAUCGUGGAGCCCUGGCUCUUGAGGAGUAUGUGGUUAAUGAACGCUGCCCGAAUCAUGGGUUGAGCAUUCUCGGAGACUUGAAUAGGCUGAGGACAAUGGGAAGCCCUGGGAGAGUCUGUAUGGAUUGUCAUGCACGGACGGAUAUUAGAAUCCAGGACAGCAAGGAGAAGCCGGAGAUGGAAGAGGUGAAAGUCCGGACGGUGAUCAGUCUGGGCAGUGGUGAGGAAUCGUCUUAUGACAUAUGGAAGAAAGCAUGCGGUCACGAUCCAUCAAAGCUCUUUUUGAACUCAUAGGUAUCUUGCUCGUCUAAGAUCAGGUUGAAGAAAGCAUGUGGCCGCGGAAGCUAUUCGG